UUUUCCCCAAAGAAGAAACUUAUGCAGACAGGCACAUUAUAUUUGAAACAUGAAAUUAUCUAAAAUCUCCCGGUAUUUUGAUUCAGUUCGUGCAACCUGGAAGUUUUAAAUUAACUGGUUGUACUUCGGUGGCUUUUAACUCGGCGAGGUAGGUAAACAAAGGCAAAAUAGAUUGGUCAGAUUUGGAUUAUACACAAUGAAGGUAAAGAUCCGGCAGUGGAACGGCGUGGCUUCGUGGUUGUGGGUGGCGAACGAUGAAAACUGUGGCAUUUGCAGGAUGCCUUUCAAUGGCUGCUGUCCUGACUGCAAAGUCCCUGGGGAUGACUGUCCGCUGGUCUGGGGUCAGUGCUCACACUGCUUCCACAUGCACUGUAUCCUGAAAUGGCUGAACUCACAACAGGUCCAGCAGCAGUGCCCUAUGUGCAGACAGGAGUGGAAAUUCAAAGAAUGAGGCAGAGAAGUGGACAUUUUGUUUUGUUUGUAAAUAUUAGUUUUUGUAUUUCAGUCUUUGCUUGUGUUU